AUGGUCACUAAAACAAAAAAAGUUUUUAUCGGCGGACUGUCAGCUUCGUCCACGUUAGAAGAUAUGAAAGCUUAUUUCGAGCAGUAUGGAAAGGUCGAAGAUGCCAUGCUCAUGUUCGAUAAAGCUACUCAAAGGCACCGAGGAUUCGGUUUCAUCACCUUUGAUAAUGACGACGUCUCUGACAAGGUGUGCGAAAUUCACUUCCACGAGAUAAAUGGAAAGAUGGUCGAAUGCAAGAAGGCUCAGCCUAAAGAGGUUAUGCUUCCGGUACAAAUGAACAAAUCUCGCGCUGCCGCCGCUCGAGGUCUUUAUGGUCUUCCGCCUGAGCAGCUUUUGGCUUAUGCCACUUAUCUUCCACGUCUCAACUAUGGAAGUCUUAUCUAUCCGAAUCCGGGAAUGGGCAAUCUGUACAAUCACAUUCCCAGCUAUUCGGCUAUGCCAUCAUCUCCUGGAUCAACCAGUGGAGCUGCCAGACAAGGGGUUGAAACAGCUUCUUUGUAUGCUUCCCUAGCUCAGCAAUUUGCUGAAGGAAACUUUUACGUGUCACCUCAGCCACUUCAACCAAACAGCUAUCACAGCAAGGUCUGA